AUAAUGGUUCUUCACCAAGAAUGGAGUACUUUGCAAAAAAAUGCCAACAAACCAAAGAGAAGGAGCAACAAUUUACCUCAGAGCUUCAAAACUUGUUUGACAUUGAUCAUGGUCACGUUUUGGAGCAAAUCGAUGAGCAGAGAAGAGAGUUCCUUAAAAAUCAACGAAAACUGGGUCGCCUUGGCUAUAUAAAUGACAUUGAAAGCUGUUUUGACAAACUUGAACCAGCGAAAAAUCAACGGGAAGAACUGUUACGCCGAAAACAAUCAAAAAGCCAAGUGGACAUCGAUAUAAUGGUCCUUGACAGUUGCAAAGUAAGUUACAGAGGUGCUGUCCACUUAGUUGCCGCUAUAGCAGAAGUUCUGAACUUUGAUGUAGAGACAUUGACGAUAAAUAGAACAUCAAUUCGAUAUUAUCGCCGAAAAAUACGCGAGGCUAGAGCCACCCAAAUCAAAAAUAUUUUUGAAAAUACUGAAUUAAAUGCUCUUGUUUUACAUUGGAAUGGAAAACUCUUAUUCGAUAUUUUAAAACGAGAAACUGUUGAAAGACUACCAGUUUUGGUAUCGAAUAGUAAGACUGAGAAACUUCUUGGCGUUCCUGCUUUACCAAAUAGUAAAGUGCCAACACAAGCCAACGCGGUUUAUGAAAUGCUUCAAGAUUGGAGGCUUUUAGAGUCAGUUAAAGCUUUUUGUUGCGAUAGAACGUCAAAUUUAGUUCAAUAUGAAAUGACAGGAGAAGAGAGAACGGCAGUUCGUGACACAUCGAUUUUCAUCGUAAUGUUGUGCAUAGAGGCCUGGUUUACGGCGCCGCACGCAGAUAUGGCACCCAAUCACGACUUGCAACUUCUAAAUGCAUGA